AUGAAGAAAUAAUUGUGGAAAAGGGGUCUGAAAAUUACAAAAUACUCCAUUCGCUUACGAAUAAGCUUUUUUAGAAUUCUGUUUUAACUAUAAAAAUUUAUGAUUUAAAUUAGUAAUUAGUAGAAUGUAAUUUUAGUUGGAAUUGCAACAACAACAAUAACGGAUACAAUUCUACAUCAAGAAAUUCUCACGUUUAAGAAUAAGAUGACUUUAAAAAUUAUACAAAUAUGUAUGAAUUUAGUGCCCAAGAUAUUAAUUAGUAUGUCCGUGUAUUCAUCCAUCCAAAAAAGGACCCAUCUACUGAGAUCAUAUUAAAGGUAGGACCUAUAUAAAUGGAUCCUGAUACAAAAUAUACUGUUUAGAGCGUGUUGUAUAGUGGCAUAGUAAAUAUUCCAGUUAAAAUCGGAAAAGAUUUUGAAUGUGCAAAUAUGA